AUGAAAUCAGCUCAUUCCUCGAAACAAAACACUACCGUAUCUGCUCGAAUCCUUGAGCGUGUUCGUGAGGAUGCAACUGACUUGGCUUUAUUAGUGACCGCUACUACCCAUGAUUGGAAGCUACUGAGUGAUAAAAAUGACACGAAACUAUACGAAAUGACGGGAGAGUCUCUAUCGAGUAAAGUGAGCACUGUCCAAACAUUUGGCAGUGGAGGGGGUGGGCAUCCGUCCGAGUUUUACCUCGUUCGAGCGGCUACAACCGUCCGAGCCGACGUCAAUACUAUGUUGGAUGUGCUACAAACUAGUACGUCCGAAGGCUUUCGAGCUGUUAUGAAAAAAAUCUUUGGUAAACAAUUUGAGAGUGGAGCAAUUGUGGAUUCAUUGAGUUUUACAGCGCCACCACAGGAUGUACUAAACUCGAUCAAUGACGGUAGCAAUGGGAACGAGAAUUAG